AUGAAGAAUCGAUUGUCCAGGGCUGUGGGCCAGGCACCUGUGGAUGAAGCAUACAGCUCGCUGGUCACUACUGCAUCUGAAAACGAUCUGGAUGUGAAAUGGCAUUUCCGACGGCUAGACCCCUCAGAAGCGGAUAUCUACCUGGACGCCCUCUUUGGACCGAUGUAUUUCAAAUACGAGCGCUUUCAGAAGGAGAGGACGUGCCAAACACGCUUCUCGGAUUAUAUGAUGGUGAGCCUCUUUCUGCUUCUCAACGCAGUCUUGCAAAUGGCCAUUGCCUUUAAGAUCGACCAGGUCGCACUGAGAACCUAUGGAGAAGUGGGCCACGCCUUAUUUAACGGGGCCUGUUGGAGAGUGUCAGCUGCGCAGCAGUUCGUUGGACUACUCUACCCUGAGGACUUCAAAGAUUCUUCAGACUUUGACUGCACCCAGCCUCUCUUGACGCUCUCCAUGCUUCCAGACAAGCUGGAUCUCAACAAGGAUGGCUACUGGUCAGUGGAUGAGGCCUACAAAAUGAGCAAGGAGCUUCAUGACAGAGGCAGCCGCAUGGGUGCAAAUCUCACAGAGAAUUUGAUGCAUAUGGCCAAGUACGAUGUGAAGCACCGUGCUGGCUCCAAGAGUGACCUCAGCAAACAUCAAUUGGACAUGGAUUUCUUCCAACACUUUCGAGGGAAGAUCGAGAUGUGUCUGCCAGUUGACCCGAAGCUCUGCGGUAACCUGGAGGCUGACGGGAAGUUGGCCAAGAUGCUGCCUGAGCGGGAUGAUGGACAAGAACGUGUGGAGGAGUGUCGCGAAAACUUCGGCUCCUUCUGCACGAAGCUCUUUGGUAACGACUAUGAGUGGAUUCACUAUGCGACCUCCGAGCUCUGUGGUCACAGCAAGUUCGAACGGAAGAGCGGCAUCAAUGUGGCGGUCUACGACGCCUCGGCGAAGCGGCAUCCGACCUUUUUGUGUUGA